ACCAAUCAUCUCUUUCUCUCUCUAUCUCUUAAAAAUCCAUUGGCCGCUUAUCUCCCCACUCUCUCUCUCUACAGCUCCGCAAAACCUCUAAAAACCCUCUCUUUCCCCACCACCACCGCCGUUGACGGCGGCGAAAUUCCCCACCUUUUCCCCACCGAUCAAAUCUCACAAUGGCGGCGACAGCGGCCUCGGACGUCACCGACGGACCAGUUCUCAACUUCAUCAACAAGCGCCUCCGUGCCCUCAAAAAGAAACAGAACCGAAUCCUCCAAAUGGAAGAGGCCAUCGCCCAAGGCAAAAUCCUCAACAAGGAACAAGAAGACGUCCUCCGCUCCAAACCCUCCGUCACCGCCUCCAUCGAUGAGCUCGAGAAGCUCCGCCAACCCCUCUCCGUUGCCGUCGCAGACGAGAUCAGCCUCGCCCUGCAACGCCACCAAGUCUCCGCUUCCCCUCCCGUCGAAUCCACUGUCACCGAAGACGAUAAAGAGACAGAAGUUGAGCAGAAAAUCACCGACGUUGAACAUCAAUCGGACCAUGGAAACACUGUCGUGGAGGAUCUCCUGAACCUCCUCUACUUUGGGACUAUGUUCGAUGUGAAGACUGCGAGUGAUUUCACUUCGACGAUUUUGACUCGGACGCACGAGCGAGGGUGUUGCUUGACCUACGAUUACGUGACCGACGACGAGUCCACCGAUAUGCUCGGUGAGAGGGACUUGGAUUUGAUUUCGACGUUGGGCGGACUAUUGGUUUCGAGGCCAGUCGAUUCGAGUCUGUCGCACAAGAAUGCUUUGAGGAGGUGCAUGGAGCACGCGAAGCUAUGGCUUGCCAACUCCGAUCAGCCGAUUGAUCCAGAUUCGAACAUUACCUAUGCGGCAUUGAGAGCAAGGCUCAACAAGAUUAUGGCAUCAGACUACUUCACGACGACACCGGAGAUGAAAGCAGCUGUAGAGGUGGCUGCUGCAGCUGGAAAUUAUGCCUUGCAUGGGUCUAUGGUGCCAGUGAAUGUGCCCGUCCAAGUGGAAGGUUCUGAUGUGGAAUAUCAGCAGAAGGAUGAAGACACGGCAAAUUUUCAAGAAAAUGAAAGCUACGAUGAUCAGUCCAGUCCUGUUGAAGAAUUUCACAAGAGUGAAUCAGAGGUGGAAAAUCAUGCAGAAGUCUCUGCUCAGACAGAACCAGUCAAAUCGCAGGAAGAAAUGGGGCAGAAUCAGAGAGAGGUGGAGACAAAGGAACAAAACCAUGUUCCUCGGAGGGUCUAUCAGAAUCAAAGAGGUGGUCGUGGUGGGGGUGGUGGUGGACGUAGAGGUUAUUCCAAUGGCCGUGGAGGUCGAUACAGCAGCAGGGGAGGUGGGCCUUACCAAAAUGGCCGCAGCCAAUACUAUGACCAGCCUGGAAAUUAUUACCCGAGGAACUAUGCUUACAAUAGGGGAAGGGGCGGCAGAGGCGGUGGUGGUGGGAACUCUAACUACAACCAUGGUUCUGGAGGUCAAGCAGGUAAUGACCCAGCAGAUUCAUAACUCAUUUAGUUGCUUAUAUCUGUGGUGGGUGGUGAAAAUGUUUUUGCUUACAUGAAACGUGACUUUUCCAGUGGGUGGUGAAAAUGUUUUUCCUUACAUGAAACGUUUAAGGAUGGAUGUUGAUGAGUGCACCUCCUUUUUGUAGUUCAGUGAAUGGACAUUUAUUUAUUUGGAAAAAAAAAUUCGAAAAAGAAGGUUUAGUAAAGCUUCUCUCGCUGAACCAUGGUAGUAAAAUGAUCAAAAUUCCAUGCAGCGGGAAAGAAGUUUUACAUUCCCUUUCUUAAAUAUUAUGUGAA